CCCCAAAAAACCCCUGUACCUUCUUCAAGAGAAGUUCGAAACCCUAACCAUUGAAAUUCUUCAAUUUGGACUCCCGAUCAUAGACAGCGAUGAAUGUUUUAGAGAUCAUAGAUAGCGACGACGAAGGCAACAAUCGACCACAAGUUCAGAACAACACCUCCGAUGACCGGAGAUUAGAGAACCGGAGCUUCUGGAAAGCCGGAGCCUUUGAUAUCGGUCCAACAAAGUGGACUCCUUCACAAGGUGAAUUAGAACAUGCUCGAGUGCACCCGAAGUUUCUUCAUUCGAAUGCAACUUCACACAAAUGGGCUUUUGGAGCAAUUGCUGAACUUUUGGAUAACGCUGUUGAUGAGAUAAAUAACGGGGCGACUUUUGUGAAGGUUGACAGAGUUUACAGCAAAAGAGAUAACUCUCCCGCGUUACUUUUUCUCGAUGAUGGAGGUGGAAUGGAUCCAGACGGUAUUCGGAAGUGCAUGAGCUUGGGAUACUCAACAAAGAAAACAAACAACACAAUUGGGCAAUAUGGGAAUGGGUUCAAAACAAGCACAAUGCGGUUAGGAGCCGAUGUCAUUGUUUUCAGCCGUGCAAAUCGGAAUGGACGGGCAACCCAAAGUGUGGGUCUUUUAUCCUAUACAUUUCUACGAAGAACUGGACAGGAUGACGUCAUUGUCCCAAUGAUUGAUUUUGAUAUCUCGAAGCACUGGGCAGAACCAAUAUUAUACGGUACUCAAGAGGAUUGGUCUACUAACUUAAAGACAAUUCUCGAAUGGUCCCCGUUUGCUACAAAAGACGAGCUAAUUCAACAGUUUGAAGAUAUCGGGUCACACGGGACAAAGAUAAUCAUAUUUAACUUAUGGCUCAAUGACGAAGGCAUCUAUGAAUUAAACUUUGAUGAAGAUGAGGAGGAUAUAAAAUUGAGAGAUGAAUCUGCUCGUUUGACUAAAUUGAGCAAGAGAACGGCGGAUACGCACGCGCACAUUUCCUACCGCCUUCUUCAUUCGUUAAGGGCAUAUGCUUCUUUGUUGUACCUUAGAAAGUUCAACAACUUCAAAAUCAUCUUAAGAGGGAAACCUGUAGAGCAGUACGUUAUAGCAGAUGAUUUGAAAUUUCGAAAAGUGGCCAUCUACAAGCCACACGUUUCUUCUGCCGGACAGGCUGUUGCAGAGACAACCCUUGGAUUUAUCAAAGAAGCACCAGCUAUCGGAAUUACUGGAUUCAACGUGUACCAUAAAAACCGUCUAAUUCGUCCCUACUGGAAAGUAACCGGUGAGGGACAUUCUAAAGGGUAUGGCAUUGUCGGAGUUCUCGAAGCAAAUUUUAUCGAACCGGCACACGACAAGCAAGAUUUCGAAAGAUCAUCUGUGUUUUCAAGGCUGGAGAUGAAGCUAAAACAGAUGCAAAUGGAAUACUGGAAAGAACAUUGCCACUUAAUCGGGCACCAGCCCGAUCCAACUUACUUGCGCAGAUUGGAAAAGGCUUCUUCUGUACCGCUUCAAACCCAAGGUGAACCGCUUCAUCACACCAUUCCGGGUCGUGCGGUUGGCCCGAGACCCGAUUUGAGCGGUUCACAGAUUCAUGGCAGAACAAAUUACAACAAUGACAUGCCAAUGGUUCGGCCUCCUCCUGGUUUUCAAACGGGUUUGGAUCAAGAAGUGGCAUGUGCCGGAGAUGGAUCUAGGGGUAUUGAUGAAAUAUGCGAUGAAAACAUCGAACUGUUCAUGAGGUGCGAGCAGUAUAUGCAGAGGGAGACUGAGUUGAAAUCUACGGUGUCUGAUUUAGAGAAAGAAGUUGCGGACACCAAAAGAAAAUGUGCUGAACUUUCUUCACGACUCGAGCUUUUAAGAAAGCAGAAGCUUGUAAGAUGAGAAACAUCCACGGCUCUCAUCUACUUAUGAUCGAUCGGGAAAUUUGGUUAGCUAGUUUGCUUUCAAGUAUGUUUCAGUUUUUAUCCUUCUGUUGUGCCACUGAACUUAAAAGAACAGUUAUUGUGUUAAUGGUGGUCAUUCAAGUUUACUCUUGAUGCU